AUGGACAGUGAAACACUUGGGAAACAAGUUCGUUACACAAAUCUGCACACAGGUCUCGACCAGCCCACUGAACCUAUACCAAAAAAUGCACUUUCUUCAAAUCGUCUUGGUUCUGUUAUUGAGAAAAUAGAGCGAAUAUAUGUGGUAUGUAAAGUUCUUUGUACUUUGUCUGUUUUCUUUGGUGAUAAUGGAACAAAGAUUGAUGAUGAGGGAAAUCAGAGUAGUGAUGAGGAAGAACUUGAUGGUGUUCCUGAUGAAGAUCAGUAUGACACUGAGGAUUCUUUCAUAGAUGAUACUGAACUGGUUGGUAACAUUGCUAUAAUGAAAAUGACAGUGGUGCUGGAUGAAUAUUUUGAAGUUGAUGGGUCAGCCACCAAACAUGAUGGAUUCUUUGUGAAUAAGGGAAAAUUAGAACAGAUUGCCAGGAAUAAACAGAUUUCAUCCACUCACUGCCAGCCGAAGAAAAGAAGGGAUAAUAUGCAAAAAGCUAGAGAAGAGAAUGAUGAUGAUCACGUAAGAAAUAAAUUAGCAAAAUUAGGGCAUGCAAGGAUGAAUGCGGGUACGAGGAAUAAACCACUGGUUGAACCAUUUCCAACCAACUCUCAGAGUUUAGCUGCUAAUGGUGAAUAUCAUCAUGAUGGGAAACUGCAUUCAUCGACUUAUCCUGUAGGAUCUUCUGACAAAAAACCUGACGCUCCUGAUAUAAGAUCUGAAAAUUCUUCAUAUUCAGGAAUAACAAACAGGGAUGAGUCCAUCUCCCAAACAGGACUGAAUGACUCUGAAAAACAGAUGAAUGGAGUCCUCCAGCCUGGAAAUUUAGGUAGAGGUGUGAAAGAUACAAGUGAAUUAUCUGUAGUUGCAUAUCAAACGUAUGAAGAAAACAAUGCUCCUGCCCAACUUGGGCUUCAAUCCAAAAGAUUAGCUAGUGAAACCAGUAACGCAUCCUCUCCCAAAUUUUCUCAUAAGAACAAGAAAGGAAUGCAUGAACUGCCUGACCUGAAUCUUCCUCAUCAUUCAGUGCAAGCUGAAAAGAAAACUGCCACCAUACACCCAACUGAUGUUUCUAGCUUGCAGCUUAAGGGUAGUAUGGUUGAAAGGGCCAUCAGGGAUUUGGAGAAAGUGGUUACAGAAUCUAGGCCGCGGAAUAUUGAAGUUCAGGAUGCUGAUACUUCAUCCACAGCUAUCAAAAGAAGACUGCCUUCUGAAGUGAAGCAGAAGCUUGCUAAAGUUGCCAGACUAGCACAGUCAAGCCAAGGAAAAAUAUCUGAGGAAUUAAUCAAUCGCCUUAUGAGUAUUCUUGGGCAUUUAAUUCAGCUUAGGACACUGAAGAAAAAUCUGAGAGAGAUGGUUGAAAUGGGACUAACAGCAAAGCAAGAGAAAGCUCACAGAUUCCAACUUAUUAAGAAGGAGGUCAUGGAAAUGAUAGAACUGCAGCAGUCAUCUAAACAAAGAGACGAAGCAGUUGGUGACUUUCAGAAAGCAAUUAUUCAUGAAGAAAAAGGAGCUAUUGAUGGGAAGUAUGUUAUGGACAAUAAGAUGGAAGAUAAGAUAUGUGAUCUUUAUGACCUAUUUUUUCAGGGGAUGGAUGAAGACAAAGGUCCACAAAUCAGGAAGUUAUAUGUUGAGCUUGCGGAGCUGUGGCCAAAUGGAGCUAUGGACAACCAAGGGAUAAAAAAUGCUAUUUAUAGGGCAAAGGAGCGUAGAAGAAAAUUCUACAAUAAUGAGAAGGCAAGAACAUGCUUCUUCUUUCUAUUCUUACAACACUCAAUGAUUGUCCAAGAAAAAGCGACGAUGGAAGAGUUGCCCUGGCAGUGGAAGGAAAUUAAUGUUGGUGGGAAAGCAGCUUCAGUUGCUCGAGCAAAACGUUCGGAAGGACUCAUUGCCUCAGCAGCCAUCGCUCAGUACCUCUCUGGACCUGCAAGACCUCUCCCUCCGUUCCUAGAAGUCCUUAAUGAUGAUUCUUCUAAACAAGAGAAGCUUGAGCAAAUUUCAUUUCCUAUGUUGAAAGAACAAAUAAAGCACCAAAGGCGAGAGUUUGAUCGUGAAUUAAAAAAAUCUUCUCCACAAGCGGAUAAGGAAUCUCAUAAGUCUCAAAAGCAGGAUGAUGAACAGCAAGCUGGUCUGAAACACCAUUUGACCACCUCUUCUUCAAGCUGUGGACAACAGAACUGA